GGAGCUCGAUACACAGAAGGACAGAGGGGCUUGCAACGGCGCAUUAUACCUCCGAAAAUGGGUUAUGGGAGUCGGCUUUCUCUUGGGAGCCAGAGCGUUAUCUUAUUGUCGAGCUCUGUGGGAAGAAGAUGUUGUGAUAUUGAGGGAUACUAGCUCGCAUGUGCAGGCCAAGAUGUCGAAUAUUGCUGUUGCUUUACAAGACUGGCAUGGCUGGGUCAUCGAGUGUAGGUCCCUUUAUAGAUGCAUGCGGAGGAGAUACGGAGAAGACAGAAUUAGCAUAACAAGUACAAUAUAGAUUGUCAUCUCUGGAGUCUGCGAUUGGGCCAGUGUAGAGGUGUACCGCCCCUUUG